AUGAAUAAACAUAAAAAAACUGAGCUCAGUGCUUUAGCAGCCCAAAAAAAGAUAACCGACCAAAUAGCUAAUGAUGUACGUUGUAUUGAUAUGUGCAAAAUGGGUCAAAAUGCGUUAAAUAUAUCAUUGUAUAGGCGUAUGCAUUUGGAGUCAGAGGAGGAAGAAAUGUUUACAAAUAUACAAAAAGCAAAAGAAGCUCAGGCCAGACAAAUUGCUGAGUUAGAACAAGAACAAAAACUUGCUCAAGUGAUGGCAGAUUUAAAACGCCGGGAGAUAGUCGAAAUAAAAACCAAUCAAUUACUUCAAAACAAUUCAUACGAACUUCGACAUACCGAGAAGCAAUUACGAACGGCUUAUGCAAAAAAAGAUUUAUUAAGUCAAAUCAAAGAAAAAGAGGCUUUAAUAAAAGAAGAGAAGGUAAGAAUAUAUAAUGAUGAUCUAAAAAUAAUAGAAACUAGAAAUUACGAAAAUGAAGAGGAAAUAGAACUACAAACCCGACAAAAUAAACUCAAGUUAGAUUAUAAAAAAGCAAUCAUAGAGCAAAUACAGGAAAACGCCGCAGAAAAACAACGAAUGUCAUCAUUAAAGAAUCAACCUUUUACUUUCUAUGAAGCAACUGGAAAUAGUGGAGUAAAAAAAUGUAAUGUUAAAACUAAUUGUUCUCAAAAACAACUGGAAGUAUUUGAAAAAAUGGAAAAUGAGUUAAAGGAAAUUGAACGCAAUGAAGCUGAUAAUAGUAAUAAAUGUAUAAAGGAAUAUUUCAUAAAAAUUUCUAAACGAGAUAAGCAACAGGAAGAAUUUAAAAACCAGAAGAAAGCAAAAAAUGAAAGAAUCUAUAAAUGCUUAGUUGAUAAUUUAACAUCCUUAACGUCAAAUACAAUGAAAAACAAAGAAAUGCAAAUCAAUCUAGUAAACGAACAACAGCGAAAUGCUGCUUGGUUGGCAGAGAAAAAGGAAAAAGAAUUAAAAAAUGUACAACGGGACAUCAUGCUGCAACAAAAUGAAAUGCAAUUAAACAUUAAAAAAGAAGAGGAAAAAGCAGAAAAAGAAAAGGAUAAUGUUCUUGUCAAAACAUUAUUGCAAAAUUUUCAAAAGUUUAAUGAGAUAGAGGAAAAAAAAAAAGUUGAGCGACGACAAAAGAUGCUCAAUUAUGGAAAAGAGUUAAGAAUGUCGAUUGACCUGAAAACCGAUUUGAGGCAAAAGCAGAAAAAUGUUGUAAUGAACGAAUUUUCGGAGGCUAAUAAAUUGGAAGAGCAAAGAAUGGCUAAAAUGAAAAAGGAACAAACAACUAUUGUAAAACAACAUAUGGAAAAUCUCGAAGGAUUUUUCCCACCAACGGCAAGAGAUCAAUAUAAUGUGAAAUAA